AUGAAACUGUCGUACGAGAAGAUGGUCCUCUUAACCGACAAUUUUUCCGAGAGCAACUGCAUCGGAAAUUUCCAAUUCGGCAAACUUUAUUAUGCAAAGAUAGUGUACCCUGGAAUAACAGCAUAUUUUAUGGUGAAAAAAUGGGAAGUCCCGGAAAAUUGUGAUUACGAUCCAGGAGAUAACGAUCUUCGACUAAUGGACGAAAUGAUUUUACUUCGCCAUGAAAUGUUUAUUAACCAUCCAGGCAUGUUAAAGCUGUACGGAUUCUGCUUCGAUCGAGGCCUUAUUGGUGCUGUUUACGAGUUCAAGCCGUUUGACUCGCUUUUUAACCUCAUUCCUAAAGAAUCAAAGCUGCCAUCGGUUGUCAGAUAUCUGCAUCUCGGAAAGUCUUCAUAUUACCAACCUUUCGUACUUCACAAUCUUGAUGCUGCACACGUAGUUCUCGAUGAGGACUAUAAUCCCAAGCUGUGCGACUUUGGUUGUACGAGCGGUGGAAUUUUCCUGAAUAAGAAAACAUAUUCGGGUCAUAAUUCCCGUAGUUGCUAUGGGUGCAUCGACAUUGCACUAUGCAGUACAGGUGAUUGGUCGAUCAAACAAGACGUAUUUGCGUUUGGGGUUAUACUUCUCAGUUUGAUAUCAAAGAGGGUUUACACAGACGAAGACAGUGAAGCUGGUGCACCGUUUGUUUUUGAAUGGGCCUUCACGGAAUACGAAGAAGCCCUCGAAUCGAAAAGUGACGUGAAAGAAACCGAGUUUUCACUUGUCCACAAAAGUCUAGCUGCUGAAGAUGAUUUUUGUACAGUUGAUGGGCAUAAGAUAACUACGCUAGCGCUCGAGUGUGUAAAUCGAGAUGAAGAUGAACGGCCCACAAUGAAGCAAGUCGUGAAAUCUCUCCUCAAACUUGAAAUCGUUAAGCAAAAUGCCGACUUCAUUGGUGUGAACAAGGUGCUGAAUUCCUUUGAAAAUGGCAUCUAAUGUAUUGAUGUUCAUUUGGUGUUUCUUAUAAAUUAAUGAUGAAUGAAUGAUUGAACGAAGCUAUCUAUUGUAAAAUAAAUAAUGCCUUGGUGUUUAUUUUUUAUUUGAUAAGUUUUAUAUUAUUUAU